GAAAGAGUGGUGGCUGCUCCCUGAGCUGGGGUGAUGGGGGGUAUCUCCUGUCACAAAAGCAGGGCCGGGAGUCGGCGGGCUGGCGUGGAUGGAACCGAGUGCGGGGCCCGCGCGUGGGGCCAUGGGCUGCUGCCAAGGCAAGGACUUUCAGACUUCGGGUGAGCAGGCCAAGGAGGCCGGGUCACAGGAAGUUCAGGAAGGCAAAGAAGGGGUCGAUACAGACUCGGCGGAAAACCGGAAUCUCAGGUCGCACGAAAGGCUUCUGAUCACUGUGCUGUGGCGGCGGCUCUCCCUGUUCAGCCAUCGGGGCUCGUCGCGGUCAAAGAGGCAAUCAGUCCAAAAUCCAAAGCAGGCGUGUACGUUCCAGGAGUGCAACCGGGAGGGGAUCCAGGAGGAGCCGGAGAAGGGGCGACCCCAGCCCUGUUCUCAUCUUUGGUCGGGUUUCGGCGGCUUCGGUUCCCGGGGUGAAGGCGGUGACGACCCGGGAGAUUGUGGCAGUGGCGGCGGCGGCGCCAGGCGGCAGAGAGGAGCUCUUUCCGGGGACGGCGCGGGCUGGGGGGAAGGGAACCAGAGGCAAGCGGGCAAGUCCUGCCGGCACGGCUCGAAGUGA